AUGGUGGAUUUGAAGCUGAGAAAGUCGCCCGUCAGACUAUCGCCAACCGACUACCUCAUCGACAUCGAUGCCGGCUGGUCUACCGGAUUUGAUGCAGGUGGCAUGAAGCCUCUGGAGAAGGCCGUCGAGUCGUCCAGACCUGGCUCGGUCAACGGCGUCCACAGCAUUGAAAUCCUGGAUGAAGAUGACGAUGAGCCUGAUGGUGAAGGCACACCGAAUCGCUUGCCGACUGUCGAAGAUGAAACAGGAAAGGUCUGCUACGACCUGCCCGCAGAGCAGGUCAAUUUGGAAGACUUCCAAUGCAUAACGUGCGGCCAGUCACACAUGACGCUUGCCGACCUACAGGCGCAUCUAGAGCAUCAGCACCCCGAAUAUGACUACGUCUGCGACCCGCAUGCCAAGAGCAUCCAUUUCCAGGUCGUGCAUCGCAUAGAGGCCUUUUCCUUCGAUGAAGACGGCACGUACGAGCUCAAAAAGACCGUCAAGGGCUUCCAGUUUGGUCAAAACAGCAACAGUGAUGAAUCUUGGCUCAAGUCAACUUUUGGGCUUCCGAAAAGUGGCGAGCUUGCUGAAACGCACGUGAAGAACUCUCCAGCCAAUGGACCAUCUUCAAAAGUGCUCAAGAGGAAAGGCAAAGUCAUCACGGUGCCAUACACUAAACAGCAGCUUUUCGACCCCGUCAGCCGAAUGCCGCUGGAGCCAGGCAAGCCGUUUAUCAGGCACAAACCCGACGACAGAUGGCUCACGCAGUGGCACCGCGAUGCCAUUGAAGACUUUUCGGACAUUCCUUUCCACGAAAGGGAGUUUAUGACCACAUGGGACGAGUUCAUGCUCACCCAGCGCAUCUCCUCAGACGUGUACCUGCCGAGCUCAUGGCUGGCUUUCCUUCGACACAAGGCCGAGUGGCUAGUUUGCUCCGAGUCUCGCAUGAUUGAGUUCGGGAAACACAUAUCCUACCUUAUCGCGCGGGACGCUCUGGAUGACCAGACGAUCAAGCAGGGCUUCCAGAUUAUCAGUGCAGCGAAGCCUCCGUUGCAGAACGCGGGAGCCAGAAUGCAACAACACGCAUCGCCUGUAGAGUCUCAACCGCGCAAGAGCGCGGCCAACUGCCAGACAUGUGCGAGACAGAUACUGGGGCCCAGGCUGCUUCUGUGUGCGAAUCCUCAUUGCAAAAAGCCAGCGUUUCAUCGUGAUUGCGUCAAGCGCAACGCGCGCAUGGACGUCGAGGACCCAGCCUGGCUCUGCAACGUCUGUAUCGAUAUACCAGCAGAGCAGCAGAUUUAG